CAGCCGAAUCAAAAACAGCGUUUUUAUAUUACCAAACUACCCUUCUACGGUCCUUUCUCUAUCCAGUCUGGUUGCUCCAUUAAUAAUAUUUAAUUCAACAUGGAGUCUCCCAAAACACCAAGAAGAAGAAGAACCAAACAUUUUGGUUCUCUCAUUCUCUCUUCAAAAUGGCUUCCACCAUUUUCAUCCAAACUUCCUUUCCAUCCAAGUCCUUGAACAAAUCCUUGAAUACCCAUUUUAUCCCUUCAUUCAAACUCCCCGUUUCCCUCUCUUUCAAACCCCCAACCACCCUCCUCAACCGCUGCUUCUCAGUCCGAGCUGGGUUAAUCGAGCCUGACGGUGGGAAACUUGUGGACCUCCUCGUGCCGGAGCCAGAGCGGGAGUUGAAGAAACGGGAAACGGCUUUGUUGCCCAGGGUGAAGCUGACUAGGAUCGACGUGCAAUGGGUGCACGUUUUGUGUGAAGGCUGGGCUAGCCCGCUCACCGGGUUCAUGAGAGAAUCCGAGUUCCUCCAAACUCUUCAUUUCAACUCGCUCCGAAUCGACGAUGUUUCCUUCGUCAAUAUGUCGGUGCCGAUUGUCUUGGCUAUCGAUGAUUCUCAAAAGGAGAGGAUCGGUGAGUCCAACAGAGUCGCUCUCGUUGACUCGGAUGAUAACCCCGUCGCAAUUCUCACGGACAUUGAGAUUUACAAGCACCCUAAGGAAGAAAGGAUUGCAAGGACUUGGGGAACUACUGCCCCUGGCCUACCAUUUGUUGAAGAAACAAUAACAAAUGCUGGAAAUUGGCUAAUUGGAGGUGACUUGGAAGUUAUAGAGCCAAUCAAGUACCAUGAUGGCCUUGAUCGUUUUCGGCUGUCACCAGUGGAACUACGUCAAGAGUUUGAAAGGCGCAAUGCUGAUGCUGUGUUUGCUUUCCAGCUCAGGAAUCCUGUUCACAAUGGCCAUGCUUUGCUAAUGACUGAUACUCGUCGUCGGCUUCUUGACAUGGGCUACAAGAACCCCAUACUUUUGCUUCAUCCUUUGGGAGGCUACACAAAGGCAGAUGAUGUUCCUCUUAGUUGGCGAAUGAAACAACAUGAGAAGGUCCUUGAGGAUGGUGUUCUUGAUCCUGAAACAACUGUGGUGUCUAUAUUCCCAUCUCCUAUGCACUACGCUGGCCCAACUGAAGUGCAGUGGCAUGCUAAGGCUCGGAUUAAUGCUGGGGCCAAUUUUUACAUUGUUGGUAGAGACCCAGCUGGCAUGGGCCAUCCAGUUGAGAAGAGAGAUCUGUAUGAUGCUGAUCAUGGGAGAAAGGUGUUGAGCAUGGCUCCGGGACUUGAGCGCCUGAACAUCCUUCCUUUCAGGGUUGCUGCAUAUGAUAAGACCCAAGGUAAAAUGGCUUUCUUUGAUCCCUCAAGGGCUCAAGACUUCCUCUUCAUGUCAGGCACCAAGAUGCGGACACUUGCAAAGAACAAAGAGAACCCUCCUGAUGGAUUUAUGUGCCCUGGUGGCUGGAAAGUGCUGGUCGAAUACUACGACAGCUUGACACCAUCAGACAAUGGCAAAAUUCCUGACGCUGUUCCUGCGUAGAUGAAUUUCCUGUAUCAUAAUGUAUUUGCCAUCUGAUUGGGAGGAACCAUAACGCUAUUUAUCUCCAAUGUGUGAUCUAGAUAUUGUAAAGCUUCUCUGUUCAGAUCUUUUAAUAAAACCGUGCGAGGCACUGGUACAGAGACAUGAAACUUGCCUCCACGUUAGUAGGAUGCCCAGUAUGGCAUCCAGCAUUGGUGCCAUUGGCCCUGAGCCUGAAGGCACAUUGUACUAUAUCGUAUGGUUGUGCUCUUAUGAGGAAAAUGGAUUGUGGGAAAAGUUUGUAGGAUUCCUGUACUUUCUUUGAAACCGUAGACCAGCCAAACACAUCAAGAAUAUCUUAGAAAAGUGAAGAAAUGGAGUAAUGGCAUCACGUGGGAGUUUGGCUAUUUGCAAAUUCCAUUUUCAUUCUUUUUAAUUGGUUAACAAUGAGUAAGGUUGAUUAUUGUCAUUAAUCCAAAAAGGACCAAAGGUAGAAACCAGUCAACCAGUCUAGCUGCAAAAUUCAUCAGACCGUUCCCAUUGGUUUUAACCAUGAAAAUUCAUAUGAAUUCCUAAACAACGUACUUUACUUCUACCAUCGUCGCUCUUUGACACUUGAGUUUUGAAUCUAGGCUUGUUUCGCUAAGCAGAUUUACAAAAGAAGGGAGGUGGGUGGAUUUCAUGAUCUGCUGCAAAACAGAAACAAGAUAUUUACGGGGGAAGAAUUACCAAAAAGAAAAAUGUCCUGUGCAAUGUGCCAACUGUGACAGAUCAAUAUUGACUUGAUCUCGAGCAAUAUGCUUAAACUACGAAGCUUCCAUCUAAUUGUUUUCUGCAAAGCAAUUCAAUGUUGCUGAAACUGAGGUAGGCGGCUGUCCAUGCAUCUGUUGUUCCUCUCGCUUUAAGUGUGAAAAAUCGUUGCAUUCCGAGCUGUACGAAAUGGUUGCUUCUUGGUCCAAUUAAGUUCAAAAUGCCAAUCUCCCGCCUGUCUAUGUAUGCCAGAAUGAUGAAGAACUUUCUUACAAAGCUCUUUAGACAAUUGUACCCUAAAGACAGAAGACACCUUUUGUGAAAUGAAACAAAAUGAGAAAUGAAAAUAAUGUUUUCAGUAGGAAACAAAAGACAGCUUUAAGGGGCUUUGUCAU